UUGAGACGAAUUUUGAGAUCGUUUAUCAGUAUUUCCUCGUGUGCGGCUAAGUGUAGCGGAAUCUACUAUCGCCGAAAUUGGGUGGGUGAACUUAUAUCUGGGAGAGUUCAUCUUGGGUCGUGGGUCAGGCAGCGGGAUUGCGGCGGGAGCUCGCGGUGCGCCACAGCGAUCUCGCCCGCCGCCGACGGCAUGCGUGCAGCCUCCGGACCAUUGCGCGCGUCACUCGCGUCGCCGCCCGCCCUCCGAGCACUCCUCGUCCUGGCACUGCCCGCCCUAGCUGCACUAGCCGCGCCACCACCGCCGCACCAGCCUCCGCACCAGAUUGAACGUACGCCGGACGUUGGACCGAUCAGAGUGUUCUGCAGUAUUGUAAUAUUGAACAACGGGGACUUUGAUUGGAGAGCGGUCAAAUCACAACGCGUGCGACGGCAAACUGUGAAUCCUCCCCGCGGCAGGUAUCGUGGACAAACACAGUCGCAGUACCUGGCAAUUGACCGCGGUGGCAAGGAUGAGGGCAAGGCGGAGGCGCAUUCAGCAGCCGACUCAUCGCGGGCUAGCGUUAGCGGUAACAGUGGAAUGGGACAAGCGCAGAGUCAGUCGAUGUACGACCCCACUUGUGAUGACUGCUACGGAAGAUCGGACCCUGCAGCAGCGAGCUUAAAAAAAGGACCCUACGGAUCCGUUCAAAACGGUAAUGGAUUAUACGGGCACGACCAAAACGCAGGGCCUGGGUGGACUGGACUUUCUGGAAACAGAGGAAUUCCUGGAACAAGUAUAUAUGGAAAAGAUCAAAAUGGUAGCCCAGGAAUGGGUGGAUAUGGGCCAACACAAACUGGCGUACAAAAUUUUGGUAAACCAGGAGCAGGAAAUUAUUAUGAGCCAGGUAAGCCAUCAGAAGUGGAUCUUACACCCGGUAGAAAUGGAGGUUAUGGACCAAACAGGGGUUCAGAAAGGAUCGGCCCAGGUUUAGUUGGUUCAAGUGACACUUUACAGCCAGAUCGCACUGGUGAGGCAGGUGGUCUAAGUAGUCCUGUUGGUUACGUUCCUAAUCAGCAAGGAAAUGGAGGCUACGGUCCAAGUCAUGGGAGUAGACAGGGCGACGGUAAAAGACCGGAUGGUAACGCAUUUGGUAGUAAUUAUGGGCCAACCCAAAGCGGUGUUUCUGGAGGUUACACACCAGGACAAGGGAGCAGUCCAGGGAGCAAAAAUUAUGUGCCUGGAAGUCUUACGUAUGCUCCAGGUUUAACAGGAACUAGCCCUGAACAACCAGGGACUUUUGGUGGGGAUGGCAGUUUACGACCAAAUCAAGUUGGUUCACCAGGCGGAAUAUACAGUCAAACGCAACCAAUAGGAACCUAUGGGCUUGGUCAGAUUAGUGCCUUUCCUGCAGGCACUGGUAAUGGUUUAAAUAGAAGUCCCGGUAACUUUAUUCCAGGGAUGCAAGGACCUAAUGGCGGUAUAUAUUUUCCUCUUCCUGGUGGCACUCCAAACGGACUCGCCGGAGCUGGACCUGGUGUUCCUCAAGGCGGGUCUAAUACGAAUCUAGGUGUUACCCCAAUAGGAGGUUAUAAUCCUGACCAGAUAGCUUCUGGAGGAAAGCAGUUGAGUCCAAGUCAAGUCGGAAACUGGCCACAAGGAACAUAUACUGGCUCUGGAAGCCCUAAUUACUUAUGUUGCGUAGUUGGCUCAGAUGGUAAUUUAACUCCAGUCGGAGCAUCCGUGUAUAACAGAGGACCUGCCAAUGGGAUCAAUAGAGGCACUAGUUAUUAUCAAGGUGGACCAACAAGCACUGGAAAUUACGGUGGCGGUAAUUACGAAACAAGACCUGCAGUUGGACCUGGCGGCGGUAAUAUAUAUGGAUCUAGUCAUCAACCAGUUUCUGGUGGGAGUUUUGUGCCAGGUCAAGUAGGAACUGCCGGUGGAGGAAGUUACGUACCUGGACAAGAUGGAAUGACUAAUACAGGCGCAAAUUACAGGCCUGCCUUAGUUGAUAUUCCAGCUGGCCAUGCAGGUUACGGGACAGUCCAUAGUGGAGGUCCAAGCGAUGGGCGCACAUAUAUACCUAACCAAGAUAGACUAGGAACUGUGGGAACCUUUCAACCAGGACCAGAAGUAGUAUCAGGUGCUCCAUUAAAUAUUGGAACUGGUAGAGGUAUUGGACCAAGUGUCGGAAGAUAUGCCCCAGGAGCGGGGACAAGUAUAGGAAGUUAUAAUCCUGGUCAAAUUAAUUUACCAGCCCGAAGCAGUUUUGGACUAGGUGGUGUGCCAGACAGCAGUGUAAAUUACGGACAAAGUCCAGGUGGAGGACCAGGCAGUGCCAGCGAUUAUGGACAAGGUGGUGGACGAGGCAGUAGUAGCAAUUAUGGACAAGGUAGUCGGCCGGGCGGCAGUGUAAAUUAUGGACAAAGUCCAGGUGGAGGACCAGGCAGUGCCAGUGGUUAUGGACAGGGUAUUGGACCAGGCAGUGGCAGUGGUUUUGGACAGAGUAGUGGACCAGGCAGUGGUAGCGGUUAUGGACAAGGUAGUGGGCCAGGCAGCAGUGUAAAUUACGGACAAAGUCCAGGUGGAGGACCAGGUAGUGCCAGCGGUUAUGAACAGGGUGGUAGACCAGGCAGUGGCAGUGGUUUUGGACAGACUAGUGGACCAGGCAGUGGUAACGGUUAUGGACAAGGUAGUGGGCCAGGCAGCAGUGUAAAUUACGGACAAAGUCCAGGCGGAGCACCAGGCAGUACCAGUGGUUAUGGACAGGGUGGUGGACCAGGCAGUGGCAGUGGUUUUGGACAGAGUAGUGGACCAGGCAGUGGUAGCGGUUAUGGACAAGGUAGUGGGCCAGGCAGCAGUGUAAAUUACGGACAAAGUCUAGGUGGAGGACCAGGUAGUGCCAGCGGUUAUGGACAGGGUGGUGGACCAGGCAGUGGCAGUGGUUUUGGACAGAGUAGUGGACCAGGCAGUGGCAGCAAUUUUGGACAGAGUGGUCCACCAAGCAGUAGCGGUGGUGUUGGACAGGGUGGUGGACCGGGCAAUAGUGGAAGUUAUGGGCAAAGUCCAAGCGGAGGACUAGGCAGUGCCACUGAUUUUGGGCAGGGUGGUGGACCAGGGAGUGGCAGUAGUUAUAGACAGAGCGGUGUUCCAAGCGGCAGCCAAAUCGGUGGACCAAGUAGUGGCAGCAGUUUUGGACAGGGUGCUGGUCCAGGUACCAUUGGAAGUUAUGGACAAAGUCAAGGUAUUGGACCCGGUCAUGCCACUGGAAUAGGAGAUAGAGGUUAUGGUUUAGGUCCAGGUAGUGGAUCAGCAAACAUUGGAAAUUAUGCACCUGGGCAAAAUGCUGGACCUUCAGGGGGUGUAGGUAAUUUAAGUCCAGGUCAAGGUAGUAAUUUAGGCGGGGGCUCGGGUUACAGCCCUGUCCAAGGUAGUGAACCAAGGGGCGAUGGAGUUUAUGGACCGAGCCAAGCUGGAAUAGGUGUAACAGGAAAUCGUGGUCCAAACCAAGGCAAUGGUCUUGGCGAUGGAGUCAAUUACGGACCAGGUGUUAGUCUUGGGGAAGGAAGCAGGAUGAAUAAUGGACAACCCCUCUACGGAACAGAGACGAACAGAUACGGAGGGAAUGUACCGGUCGGAAGCGGAUAUGAUCAAAGGUUCCCGGGACAAAGCAACGGAUACAAUGGUGUUGCACAAAACCUCACGGAUCCUAACACCUUAGCAGAUGGAGACGAUUCCGAGGCAGAAGCUAGUGUUUCCCAAGCUGUUAACGGAACAACGGCUAGUGCGUCCUCAAGAGGAGGCAACGACAAGGGCCGUGCACAAACUCAUGUUCAAGGCACGUAUACCGGAAGCGGUUCCUUUUCUGCACAAGCCCUCAUUACUGGUGAAAAUAAGGAAGCAGAAAGUGAAGUAACCGGAGGGAGAAAAGGAGCAUCUAGUUCUGCACAAGGAAGUGGCCGAAACAAUAAAUCACAGGCCAAUGUACAACUUGGGUCGGAAACUGGAUCGGUUCAGACGCAGUCAUUAACAAACGGCGCGUAUCACUCAUCAAAUUCUCAAGUUCAAGGCAGUAUCAAAGGUGGCAUGGCGGACGCCCAAGCUCGUGGACCAGGUAGCACUUCAUCGCAGGCUCAAAUUGGUUUUACGCCAUAUAAAGACGGGGAUAAGGCUCAUGAUUUGCAAAAGAUACCAUUCGUUGGAGGAGGUGUUGCGUCAGCUCAGUCAAGCGGCCGCACGGGUCAGUCUCAGUCGCAACUGCACGGCACCUUUAAGUACGGCAUUAGCUAUAACGGAGCGGCACAAGCCGGGGCGAGUGUAGACAAAGAUGCAGUAUUCCCAAAUAGACUGUCAUUCGAUAAAAUUGACGUAUUUGACGAAAAUGAAAAGAAUAUUAAUGUUGAUACCGAAAAAUCAACAGACAUAGAAGAUGCAUCUACCUCGGAACCUUCUCUUGAGUCAGUCCCGUCAGAGGAGUCAUUGCCGUCAGAUGACGAGGUUCCAACCGAAAGUAACGUAACUGAGUUAGAUCCAGGUGAAGAAAAUAAAAAAAACGAUGAAUCUUUAAAAAAAUCCGAAAGUCGAUACUCCAGUCAUACUCACUUAGAUCACCAUAGAACAAACGGUGAAGCGGAAUCCUCGCCCGCACCCGUAGGGGGUACCCGUUCCUUCCAAUCUUCGUACGGUAACAAUGGGGCCGAGUACGAAUACACCACAGACAGAGACGACGUCCCGCCAGACGAGUAUGACACCGACGGUACGGAGGUGGAGCAAGGUGAAUAUUCCAACUACGACGAGAUACCAAGAGAUACUUUGACGCAUCAGUCUCUCCAAAGUCCACGGAAAACCCUCGACGUGAGUCAGACGACCGGAGGCAGUACUCAGCACAUCGUACUUGGUUCUUUGAACAAUCAGGACGCGGAAAUUACACAAAGGAACUCCGAGCGGCCCGAUGAAAGUAAAACAUAUCAACCGGGGGAGAGAGUUCCGGGAACCGGUGGUUACACGAUACCUGCUGGCUUCACCGGCAGUGUCAAAUCCGUUGCUUCGAAAGAGAAAACUUACGUAGUUGGUUCGAAGGAGUCGCCAUCGCAAGCACAGACUGUGACCUUGACGCCAGGAACUGGGAAAAUAAGAUAUACUUAUCCAUCGAGCUAUAGCAGGCACGUGGAUCCGGGCAAGUUGAGGUCGCUGCAUUCGAAGCCGCACAGUAACCCUUACGUGACUUUAUCUAAGUCGGUGACGCGCGACCUGGACGCCGAGAACAACGUACGCAAGCAGUACUCACACUCCUACUACACCAAGUCCUCUUCAUGCGGUUUCUUCACAUUUACCUGUACGAUGGUCAGCGGCGCAGAGGGCAGGAAAAAAGUUUGCAGACCUAAAAUACCUACAAAUCCUGACGGAUCACCAAUAAGAUGUUAA